AUGCACAAUCGUGUGCAGUUGCGGCGGCAACUACAUGAGUUCAAGUUGGCCAAGGGAGGAAGCAUCAUGGAUCACUUCCUGAGAUUUGACGAGCUGUGCAUGACUAUGCAAGCUGUGGGACAAGAGAUCUCACAGGAUGAGCAUUUGGUCAUCCUAUUGGGUAGUCUAACGAGAGACUAUGACCCCAUCGUCAAGAUAAUUGAGAACAUGCCCGGAAUGACACUGUUUCACGCUAAGGAAAUGCUGAGACGGGAGUACGAUGGAAUGGCGAGGACAGAACACCAAGAAAUCGCACUGAAAAGUACGCACACUUCCAAGUACAAGAAAGGUCCGCGCAGACAUAUGGGGAGAUCAAGUUCAAGAGGUGAAAAGUUCUCGGAAGGUGUUACCGAUGUAACAAAUAUGGGCACAAGCGUCAAGAUUGCAAGGCUGAAAAGUGGAGACAGAGCGAUCUGGAGAAGAGAGAGCAUUUACUGCGUCAAGUCGGACGUCAGCUGA